AUGAAGAUCUUGGAGAAAGCGGGUCAGUUUACAACCCUAAUCCCACUUCUGAGGACGACCCAAGUGGGGCCCCAGAUCGACGCCCAGCUCAACAACACGACCGUCGGGCAGGGGAUUACAUUAUUUGCCCUGACGGACGCGGCCUUCUCGGCCCUCCCUUCAGGCACCCUCAAUUCAAUCUCCGACCAGCAGAAGGUCUCCCUCAUCCAAUUCCACGUCAUCCCCAAUUUCCUCUCGCUGCCCCAAUUCCAGACGGUGAGCAACCCCAUCCGGACCCAGGCAGGGGACAGCGGGUUUCAGAUCAACGUCACAACCUCCGGCAAUCAGGUGGACAAGGUCCUGCUCCCACUUAGCUUGUUCGGGGCUCCUGCGCCCGCGUCCGCCGUGGCGUCGGCGGCGGCGAAGAAAUCGGCGGCGGCUGAGAGCCCGGUCGCCGGAGGUGAUGCGGCGGGAGAUUCGUCCGGUGCGAUUGGGGGCGUGAGAGGGGUUUGGGGAAUUGGAUUUGGUGUGGUGGCGGUGGUUUGUAUUUUGUGA